GAGAAGUGGAAGAAGUGGUCCGGGGAUUUUUCAGAGAGAUGUUUUGCUUCCUGAGACUCACAGCAGAGAGGAGAACCAGAAAGUGGUUGAGUUAACAGCAGACGGAGAAUCACAACACCCCCCAGCGAGGAGAGGGUGAGGGGGAGCAUAAAGGAUAAGAUAACUUGGAGAAGAAAGUGGAGAGGACCAGGAUCAUGCAACAUGAGUAACGACAGCACCGGAGUGGGGGGGAUGCAGCCCCUCUGGAACUACAAUGGGUCCUCGGUCAUCCCAUCCUCCGACCUGUUCUCCAACACGUCCUGCAACACGUCCUCCAAUGAUUCCACCUUCUGCUCUCCUGUGGAUGAAGGAGUUGGGGCAGGAAGUCCAUAUAAGGCUCUGGAGAUGUUUUUCAUCGCCUUGGUUACAGGGUCUCUUAGCUUCGUGACUGUAACAGGAAAUAUAUUAGUCAUGCUGUCCAUCAAAGUAAACCGCCACUUACAAACUGUCAAUAACUACUUCCUGUUCUCAUUAGCAUGCGCCGACCUGAUCAUAGGGGUUUUCAGCAUGAAUCUGUACACGGUCUACAUCAUCGUUGGGUACUGGCCGCUGGGCCCGGUGGUCUGUGACUUGUGGCUAGCUUUAGAUUACGUCGUCUCCAACGCCUCCGUGAUGAAUUUACUGAUCAUCAGCUUCGAUCGCUACUUUUGCGUGACCAAACCCCUCACUUACCCCACGAGAAGGACGACCAAGAUGGCAGGGCUGAUGAUCGCAGCGGCGUGGAUCCUGUCCUUCAUCCUGUGGGCUCCUGCCAUCCUGUUCUGGCAGUUCAUCGUGGGACAGCGAACAGUGCCCCCUGGAGAGUGUUACAUUCAGUUCCUUUCAAACCCUGCGGCGACGUUUGGUACAGCCAUAGCAGCUUUCUAUCUGCCGGUCAUUAUAAUGACGGUCCUGUACAUCCACAUUUCCCUUGCCUCCAGGAGCAGGGUCUCCAAACACAAACCAGAGAAAAAGGAGAAGAAGGGAAUAAAAACUCCCAGCCUGCUGAAGAGUCACCUGUUAAAGCAGAACAACAACAAUGAGACCAGUCCUCAGGCCAGCCCCCGCUCCACCCCCAAACUCAGUCUGGACUCCACCACCACGGCGCUGGAGGCGGUGAAGAACGGCAGAACGGAGGAACCCAAACCUGCUCAGCCACUGCCCCAUGCUCAGCCCAGCCCGGGCCUCACCCAGGAGGAGAAGGAGAGCUCCAACGACUCGUCCACAGCUUUCAUUCCCCCCACAAAGCCAAAGGACAGCACCAAGAACGAGGUCAUAUCUGAGGAUGCGAGCGAUCCUAACCCAGUUGCCACGACAACAACCAGCAUCGAAUUGGCUAAGGGCACCGCUAGCUCGAGAUGGUCCAAGAUAAAGAUCGUAACCAAGCAGGCGGGGGACGAGUGCAUCACAGCUCUGGAGAUCGUCCCUCCUGUAGAGGGCGCAGAGAGGCGUUCAAUCCCAAUCAGUCGUCCCAGGACUGUGGCCAGAAAGUUUGCAAGCAUCGCCAGAAGCCAAGUGAAGAGGAAACGACAGAUGGCUGCCAGGGAAAAGAAGGUGACCAAGACUAUCUUUGCCAUCCUGCUGGCCUUCAUCAUCACAUGGACGCCGUACAACGUCAUGGUGCUGAUCUCCACCUUCUGCCAGUCCUGUGUUCCCGACACCGUGUGGGCCAUCGGCUACUGGCUGUGUUACGUCAACUCCACCAUCAACCCGGCCUGCUACGCACUGUGCAACGCCACAUUCAAAAAGACCUUCAAGAACCUGCUGCUGUGCCAGUAUAAAAACAUAGGUACAAGAUGAGGUGGAGGCAGAGGA